UAUAAAGCCUGUUAUUUGGAGUUUGAUGCAUCAACUCAGUAUUCAGUCGGUUGGCAAGAAUGAAUUUCAAAUUUGUCUCUUAUUUUAUUUACCAACAUCUGUUUUUAACUUUGUUGAACUCAGUGCAAUCUGAACUUAAUACUUAUGCUAUUCAACCCCUAAACGUUGGAGAAACUUCCAAGAAUGGUCCAUCACUUCAGUGGAUUUCACGUGACACACUUAGUAUUCAUUUACCAUUAUAUACCAUUACCAAGGAUUUAAUGAAAUCUGUUGAUUCUAUUUCUGUAUUUGUUGUGGAAUCAGAUAAUCUAGACAAAAAUGCAAAAAUGAUUGAUAUCAAGAUGCCACAAGAUAGCACUUUGAUCUCGGGAUUAAAUUCAGGACAUAAUUAUGAUGCGUACUUUCAAAUUGAUUGGAUAAAUGGAACAGCUACAGACUGGCUACAUUCAAACGUUAUGCCAAAGGAUUUCAUUGGCAAUGAAAAACAAGAAUUAGAAUUAAGUCUAGAUGGAUUUUUGGCAUCAGUAAAAAACCAAACUCAAAUCGAAAUUUAUGCAUUCAACAAUCUGUUCUCUCCAACAAUUUCGAUUGCAGUUAAGCUGGAGCAUAGGAUCGUUGCUGUCCACGGAGAUUUGAAAAGAAGAACGUUGUUCACAUUUCAUUCAAAUGGUGCAGUUAAACAGUUUUAUUUAACCAAUGGAGACCUGAUGCAAGAAACCUCAUUCCAUAAUAUUUCAUUCGAAGAUAUUCAAUUUUCCUGGGUUGAAUAUGACUGGUUAAAUCAAUAUUUUUACGUAUUUCUCAAUAAUUCAAUUCUACGAUUAGGUGUGAACAGUUCAAAACAUCUGAAGAUUCAAGUACCCUACAACACAAGUCAGGAAAAG